AUGGUCCAUCUGGAUUCUUACGCAGCUGCCGGAGAGAAAUCUUAUCCCCUUUCCUUCUCUUCUUUCAAUCGGCAACAGUGGCAGCCGGCAGAGAAGAGCGGAGCUUGUUUGGGGAGCUUGAGCUUGCUGUUGUUACUCUGGUUCAAGAUGGCGAAUGCCACCAAAGGAUUGUUCAUUGCCUGUGACAUACCAAUGGCACAAUUCAUCGUCAACCUGAAUGCUUCAAAGCCCCCGUCGCAGAAGUUCAUCAUUCAUGUUCUGGACGACACGCAUCUGUUAGUGCAGCCCGAUUCUGGUGGUACGAUACGAGCUGCCAUUUCAGAAUUCAGAGACAAGAAUUCCUACGAGAAGCCCGCUUAAACCUGCUGCUGCCUUCUUGAAAUGACUGGCCUAGAAGAAGAAGAAGAAGAAGAAGAAGAAGAAGAAGAAGAAGAAGAAGAAGGGAGGUUUGUGCAAAAUUGAUAUAAUGUGGAAGUUCCAUGAUGAACAAGUUUUUAUGUUUGUUUAGACUUACAGUUUCCUAGAUAGAAACCGUAUACUUAGCAUUUUCAUUGUUCUAGGUCAUAUAUGGACAUGAAACGGUGUACUUUGAUUUUCUGAGUGCAUGUAUAAGAUGAUAGAAUCUAAUCAAUCUCUCUAUCAUAUCAGCAUUGUAGCAUAAUAACGAGCUAGUUUAAACAGAGAACUCUGUCUGUAUUUGGUUAGAUUCAAUGGAUGGAUGAAUG